GGCUCCGCGCUUCGUGCCGGGGCCGUGUUCGGCGGGACGCUGCCUCCGCUCUGCGCCGCAGGAUGGACCUCCCUAUCCCUGCUGAUCCCGCUGCCCUCCCCAAGCACAUCUUGGACAUCUGGGUCAUCGUUCUUAUCAUCCUGGCCACCAUCCUUGUCAUGACAGCCCUGUUGCUGUGCCCAGCCACAGCUGUCAUCAUCUACCGGGUACGGACUCACCCCACACGCAAUGGCAUCGUGUGAGGGAGAUCAGCAGGACUCCCACCACGGGGCACCCCGAGAGUGGGGAGAGGAUGGGGCUGGAUUGGAGUGAACCACCGUGUUGCUGGGGAGCACAGCAGGAUCUGGUUGUGUGGCAUUGAGGACAUGGAGGUGAUGCCCAGCUGGAAGUGACUUGUUCUUGUAAGAUAGCUUGCCUCUGCCAUCUUGCAGCCAUGUUAUCCCAUUGGGACUCUCUCAGUACCAGCAGCAAGGCAGCAAGGACCGUAAAUGCCUGGCAUAGUUAUUUCUCCAGCUGCUGAGGUGAUUGGAAAAGAAGAGUCAAAGCCAGAUGACGGAUGUGGCUUCUGGUUGUGCCUCUGUACUGCUGAAAGCAUUGCUGCAGGAGCCCAUCCCAGCAGGAAUGCAGCUGGCACCAGUGGUACCAUGUGUCAGAUAUCAACUGGAAUUGCAAGAAACCCUGCAGGGUUCAGAUGCUAUGGGUCCAGUGGGACAGAGGAGUGUGGGAAGCUUCUGCCUCUGCCUGCAUGAUGUUGGAGCUGCGUCCCUUUCCCCGUGCCUUCCUAUCAAACAGGCAGCAGAGGGUUCCCCCACAGGUACUGCCAGACCAAAUAAGCUAAUAGAAAAUAAAAUGACUGUAUUCUA